AUGUCCUUUACACCUCGCCAAAUGAAAUCACAAAACAAAGAAUUAUAACUAACCACCAUUCCUUAUGUUAGCAAAUUUCAGAGAACUUUUACAAAUGAGGAAAUUUCAAGCGUGUCUAAAAAAUUAGAUUUUGAUUAAUUUGACAAUUAAGUGAUAAAACCUAACACCAUUUUGAAAAUGAACUCUCUUCCAUUUAAGGGAAUUGGUCAAAUAAGAUGA